AUGGCGAACACAGUGAGAGCUGAAGCCUCUGGGUCGACAUUGUCGACCAACACCACCCUCAUCAGCAGCCGCGCACCUCGCGUGCCGUACCAACAGAAGAGUUUUUCCUGCAACGUAGAGGGCUGCCAGCACUUCUUCGACACCUUGGAGGAGAUGAAGCAGCACAAGAAGUACGACCCGGAACAUUUCUACUGCAAGAAAUGUGAUUUCGACGCCGAAGACUGGGAUGAUCUCACCAGACACAAAGUGGAAAAUAUGGUGCCCUAUAUCGAAGGGGCGAAGGGUAGAGUGAAGCCUCUGGAUGAUGACCUCAAGCACAUCACCUGUGAAUUCUGCGGCGAGGAUUUCAAGAGCUUCGGUGGACGGAAGAGGCAUCGACAGAUGGCCCAUCCCGCAGACCAGGACAUCACCUGCCCAGGAUGUGAAGGCAAAUUCAUCCGCGCCAGCCACCUCAUCCAGCACUUCGAGAAAGGCCGUUGUCAUGUCUACUCUGCCCGCGUCUUCCACGAUCAUCUGCAGCACAAGCAUAUUGUUGAUCAGAUCAUGGCGGCUCCCGAUAGGGCUUUCCAUCCUCCUAGAUUGCUCAGCGGCAAGUAUGGAGUCUCAAUUCCAGAAAACAUUACCGAUGGCGGCGAGACGCUGGACCAAGAUUUUGGCGGUGUUUCGCUCAUGGAUCAGCAAGACGAAGCUCAAAUGGGCGGCUACAAACCCAUGGAAGCUGAAAAGGACCUCAUUGACCUGCACACUCAAUCAAACCUGGAAGCUUGGCCGUCCCUUUCCGGUCAGGAGCCGGCACAGCUGAGCGAGUCGCUACGAAAGGGAAGCUUGGCCGUCCCUUUCCGAAGCACUGCCACGAGCACGAAGAGAUCCGAUGGAAUAGCACAGGGAGGCGGCCGAAAAGUAUACACGGAGUCCUAUCCCGGUCUGGCUUCAUCUUCAGCCGUAUCGACGAGCGGAGAUGACGCUAGGUCUGAGUCUACAAUCACCACUCCGAGCGUGGUCGGCGGCGGUGGAGCUUGGAGUACCGGUCAGACGCCCUUCGCUCUCUUCCCGAACGCGAAGGGGACAGCUAAGGCGCGACCCAAGGCCGGUGACUGGGAUGCGAUAUUGGCGCAACAUGCAGAGGAGGCAAAGGCCGACACAGGUGCAGACAUGCUGAAGAUCGCCUGGUGGGAUCCAACUUCGGAGGACUACGACAUUGCCCGCUUUCGCCAUCCCGUAUACGAGGCCUACUUCUGUCCAUUUCCAUCCUGCGAAGAUGCCGUGUUUGGUAACAGUUUCGACUCACAGUCGGAUAUCGAGAACCACAUCAAGUACUGUCACACCCGGACGAAGUUUCGCUGCGAGGGUUGCUUCAGACACUUCAAGAGUGCCGCGCCUUUGGUCGCCCAUGUGGAGUCCACCCGGAAGUGUGGUAUUAGGGGCAGUGAGAAGUUCGGAAAGUUCUUUGAAAGUAUCACCGCCGGCUUCCUCAAGUCGAAGUAUGUUGGCGAGCCGAAGAUCUAUCGUCUUGAGACUGCGUUGGCCAAGCAAGGUCAGCCUACGGGAGGUAUCAUGAGCACGGCGUUCAAGGCGAAGCAGCCCAACAUUUGGUGA